AUCAAGUUUUAAAUAACCUAUAUAUCUAUAUAAUCAACUAUAUAUAUUAAAAUAUAUAUAUAUAUAUAUAACAAUAUGGCCAAAUUCAUGUGCUUUGUGAUCCUUUCGUUGGCUUUGUUUGCCACUGUGACCCAGGCGAAACCAGGAUAUGCUGUUGAUUAUUAUGAUCAUCCAAAAUAUGCCUUUAAUUAUGGUGUAGCCGAUCAUACAACAGGUGAUGUGAAAUCACAGCAUGAAACACGGGAUGGCGAUGUUGUCAAAGGUCAAUACUCAUUGGUUGAGCCUGAUGGCUCCAUACGCACAGUGGACUAUACAGCUGAUCCGAUUAAUGGUUUCAAUGCCGUUGUCACCAAAUCAGGGCCAACUGUACAUGCCCAGGCUGUGGUGGCCAAGCCAAUUGUGGCCCAUAAGCCAGUAUUGGCCCACUAUGAGCCACAUCAUUUGGUUAAGCAUGUCCAGCAAGUGGCACCAGCUCCAUUGGUAGUUGCCUCACCAGCUCCUUAUGUCUCGAAACACUAUGCCCCAUCUGUGGCCGCAGCUGCCCCCAUACACUACGAUUACGAUGAUGGCUACUAUAAUCAAGGACAACAUUACGAAUAUGUACCACAAUACGAUGCCGGACACUAUGGCCACUAUGCGAGUCCCUAUGCGACUCACUAUUAAAGUGUGGUCCCAUGACAUCAGAUAAGAUGAAUUUUACUUACAGAAAUUGUUUAACCAUAAGCGAAUUUAGUUGUUAACUCAAUGUGGAUCUAUAUAUAUAUACAAAAAUAUAUAAAUAUGUAAAUGUGUGUAGUUGCUGAAUUUGAAUCUUUUGGAUAUCUAUAUAUGUACAAGUAAUUAUUAUUUUAUAU